CUGACGGAUCCCCGGCGGAGGGCAGCGAGGGCGCGCAUCUCUGUCCUCCGCUUGUGAAACGACUGCAGGGGAGCCAGAUGCCCGACUGCGAGCCGCUGCCUGUGGAUACCCAUCACCCAAAUGCCAGAGCAGGCGAGAGAACCUCAGACAUCCCCGUGACAGGGGGGAAAAAAAGAGGAGAGAAUAAAAGGGCAGUGAACGGAAUUGUUUCUUUUUUUUCCUUCCUCUUCCUACAUUUUCUUUUUUCUCCCCCCUUUCUUUUUCUCCUCCUCCUCCCUUCCACUUGCUCUCUCUCUCCUUGUGUUUCAUCCUCCGCUUCAAAUGAAGAGCUUCCUUGGACUUGGAGUACCGGGCAUCACUAGAAAAAAUCCCCGUUAUCCUUUACUCUGCCUCUCCUCCUCCUGCUGCUGAUGCUGCUGCGGCGCUGCUAACUGUGAGCGCGUCCUCCUUCCUUCCUUCCCUCACUGCUUUGGAAUAUACAGCGUGCCUAUAUGCGCAAAAACCAUGGAGAUUAUAUGACGUGGAUAUAUCUUUUGAACUAAACUGGACAUCUACAGUAACGACGUUCCUUCUUCUUCUUUUUCUGUUUUCAUUUCGCCCCUUUUUUGUGCGUUCUUCUGUUCUUUCCUUUUCGAUCUGUGGCUACUUUAUGAUUUCAUGUCCUCAGCUUAUUUCUCCCUUGUUUCUGUUUUAUUUUGACACUUGAUUAUUAUUGUUGUUGUUUUUUUUUUUUUUUUUUUUUUUUACAUUUUUGGUUGCUUUUGGACACGCAGAAAGUAGGAUGCCUGGCAGAGAACAUUUGUAGCUGAGAAGAUUUCCGCGCAGCAGCGAGGGUGAAUGAAUGAUAGUCUCCUUCUCCAUCUGAGACGUGCCAUGGAUGGGAAACUUAAUUUGUAUCCACGGAACCGAUCGGGGAAUAGCCGUCGCAUCAAAUAACUACUGCUGACAGCGAUCAGGACGAAUGUCAUAGGAUGAACACUGCUGGUGGGGUGUGUCUGUCUGUGCUGUCCUCUCUCCUGGCUGUGGCUGGGGCCCUGGCUGCCGUGUCUGCCCUCGCUCUAGCUCCUCUCUCUGCCCUGGCUGAGGUUGCCUAUGGGGCUGCCGAUAGCAUCCCCAGCACCGGGGCAGAGGGGGCCCCCUUGCCCAUCUCCUCACCAUGUUCCAGCCUUGUAGCCGGGGUGCUCUAUGGCUCUUUCUCCCUAAGGGAGCUGUUUCCCUCCAGGGCGCCGGGUUGUUCCUGGUCCCUGGAAAACCCAGAUCCCACCAAGUACUCCCUCUACCUCCGCUUCACCCGCCACCCUGUCAUCUGUCGGACACACUCACCCAUGCUCCUGUCCCUCGACCACCACCUGGCCAAUCAAAGCUGUCCCCUUCAUUUGCAGACGGCCACUACCAGGGAUCAGGAAGUCAUUGAUCUCUGUGGCAGCCAAUCUAACACAGAUGGACCUUACUCCUUCCUACAGUUUGAUAAGAAUUUUGUCCAGCUGUGUCUAACAAGACAUCCAGCUGCAGACGAGCCUCAGGUAACGAAGGAACUGCUGGAGCUGAGACUGGUCGAGGUGUUGCUCAUUAACAAUGAGAACUCCAGUCAGUUCACCUGUGGCGUGCUUUGCCGAUGGUUUGAGGAGUGUUUGCGCACAGAUCACAAUGGAGACCAGGAAGUUUCGGAUGGGGAUGGUUGCGGGAUGACCCAGACUGGCUGUAUUUGUCCAAAUCACAACAUCAUGGCACCACCAAUUCCACUGCUCCCGGAGACGCCGCACACUUUCAGCAACGGAUCGCAGUUUCCCGAUGACUGCUGCGUCACUGAACUGCAUUCCAAUGACGCCAUCGCCAUAGCACCUAGAGAUGUCCGACAAGACCCGUAUGAUGACGAUCUCAAGGUGAAGACCCAAAGACCACGAUCAGCUGACCAGCCAGGUGUGUUUCAGGCACAAACAGGCGACCCUGCAGCAGAGGAGUGGUCACAGUGGAGUGUGUGUUCUCUCACAUGUGGGCAGGGCUGGCAAGUGAGGACCAGGUCGUGUGUUUCUUCUCCCUACGGGACGUUGUGCAGCGGCGCCCUGCGGGAGACACGCAUGUGCAACAACACUGCCUCCUGUCCAGGCGAACCUGGACUCAUAGGCUCAGUGCAUGGGCUGCAUGAGGAGUGGUCGACAUGGAGUCUGUGUUCUGUGACCUGUGGGCGGGGCUCCAGGACUCGAACCAGGAACUGUGUGGACGGAGGCGGGGUCGUGGCUUGUGGACAGCCCGAGAAACAGACCAAACUCUGCAACAUAGCAGUGUGUCCUGUGGAAGGCCAGUGGUUGGAGUGGGGCCCGUGGUCGAAGUGCAGUGUGACUUGUAACACGGGAACCCAGCAGAGGCAGAGGCGCUGCAGUGCGUCGGUGCACGGCUGGGCUGAAUGUAAGGGCUCGCAUCAGGAGAGCAGAGAAUGCACCAACCCUUCAUGCAGCGGUGGAGGUAACUGGGGCAGCUGGAACCACUGGAGUCUCUGCAGCAAGACGUGCGACUCCGGAUUUCAGAGGCGGUUCAGGAUGUGCGAGGGCACCGGUGUCCAGGGCUACCCCUGCGAUGGCUCGGGAGAGGAAGUCCGGUCCUGUAACGAGAAGAAAUGCCCCGCACCUCAUGAGAUAUGCAAAGAGGAACACCUCCUCGCUAUGUCAUGGAAGAGAGCCUCCGCUGGAGAAACUGUCUACAACAAGUGUCCAACUAAUGCCACUGGAUCUGCUAGUCGUCGUUGUAUGCUGGACAAUAAUGGAGUUGCUUUCUGGGGUCCUCCGAGCUUCGCCAGAUGCAUCUCACUUGAAUAUAGAUAUUUACAUUUAUCUUUACGAGAGCAUCUCGCGAAGGGUCAGAGGACCCUGGCUGGGGAGGGCAUGUCUCAGAUCGUACGGAGUCUCCUGGAGCUCUUGCAGAGGAGGAGCUACUACAGUGGCGACCUUCUCUUUUCCACGGAGAUCCUGCGAAAUGUGACGGACACCUUCAAAAGAGCAACCUACAUCCCAGCUCCCGACGACGUGCAGAAAUUCUUCCAGAUAGUCAGCCUCAUGUUGGACAUCGAAAAUCGAGAGAAAUGGGAGGAUGCUCACCAGGUCGCUCCCGGUGCCGCUUUGCUGAUGAGGAUAUUAGAAGAUUUCAUUCACCUCAUUGGAGAAGCCCAGAAGCCUUUUCAAAGUUUUCUAGUGGUUACCAACAAUCUCAUGAUAACCAUCCAGCGAGAGCCAGUGUCAGCAGUUUCCAGCGAUAUCAACUUCCCCAUGAAGGGGCGGAGAGGGAUGAAGGACUGGGCCAGAACAGCAGAAGACAAGCUUUACAUCCCUAAAGAGGUGUUCACCAUCCCAGUCGAGGAGACAGAAACGGACUCAGAAUCUACAGUGUACUAUGUCAUCGGAGCCAUCUUGUAUAGGACACUGGGUGUGAUCUUACCUGCACCAAAUAUGUCUUUGCAUCUCUGCAGUCCCCCUGCGGUGAUCAACUCCAAGAUCCUGACUGUGACAGUACGACCGGAACCGCAACCCAGUGAGCCCAUGGUGGUGGUGGAGCUGUCGCCGCUUUUGAAUGGUACAUCGGAUCCUCAGUGCGUUGUCUGGGACUACGGCAACCCGGAAGCUGGCGCCGAAAACUGGGGCACAGAAGGCUGCCAAACGCUCGCGUCAACCACUGUCCACACCAAAUGCCUGUGCAGCAGAAUAUCCACCUACGCCGUGUUAGCGCAGCAAGCUAAAGACCCGGUGAGUCACCAGUGCAUGCCUGAUGCUGUCUAUGGGACUUGGGGGGCUAACAAGGACAUGGGUCCUACCAGCAUGCCCUCUGUGCCCCUCAUGGUGGGCUGCGGGGUCUCCUGCACCGCUCUGCUCAUCCUGCUGCUAAUCUACGCUGCCUUCUGGAGGUAUAUCCGAUCGGAGAGAUCAAUCAUCUUGGUGAAUUUUUGCCUCUCCAUCCUGGCCUCUAAUUUAUUGAUCUUGGUUGGACAAUCGCAAACGCUUAGCAAGGGCCUCUGUACUGUGACUGCUGCCUUCCUGCAUUUCUUCUUCUUGGCGUCCUUCUGCUGGGUGCUGACUGAGGCGUGGCAGUCCUACCUGGCCGUCAUCGGCAAAAUGAGGUCGCGACUCAUUCGCAAGCGCUUUCUGUGCCUCGGCUGGGGUCUUCCAGCCCUCGUUGUAGCAGUGUCAGUGGGUUUCACCAGAGCAAGAGGUUACGGCACAGCCAGCUAUUGCUGGUUGUCCUUGGAGGGCGGUUUGCUUUAUGCUUUCGUCGGGCCUGCUGCUGUCAUUGUGCUGGUGAAUAUGCUCAUUGGAAUUGUGGUGUUUAACAAGCUCAUGUCUCGAGACGGCAUCUCAGACAAGUCGAAAAAGCAGCGAGCGGGUGUCCCAGCGGAGGCGCGUAGCCGACUGCUCCUGAAAUGCUCCAAGUGUGGCGUGAUCUCGAGCACCGCUCUGUCCAGCUCGACUGCCAGCAGCGCCAUGGCGUCUCUGUGGAGCUCCUGUGUGGUUCUUCCUCUGUUAGCAUUAACCUGGAUGUCAGCAGUGCUGGCCAUAACCGACCGCCGCUCAACUCUCUUCCAGGUUCUGUUUGCCGUCUUUGACUCUGUCCAAGGUUUUGUCAUCAUCACUGUCCACUGUGCCAUGCGCCGAGAGGUGCAGGAUGCGGUGCGCUGUCGAAUGGGGGGAUGUAAAGAUGACAGCGAAAACUCACCAGACUCCUGCAAGAAUGGACAGGUGCAGAUCAUGACGGAUUUUGAGAAGGAUGUCGACUUGGCUUGUCAAACAGAGAGAGGACACCCAUUCAUUUUCAAAGAGGUGAACACCUGUAACCCAGCCACUAUCACUGGGACCCUUUCACGCAUCUCCUUGGAUGAUGAGGACGAUCCCAAGCUGGCAGCCCAUCAGGAGGGUGGAGUGGGUGUCAACUUCAGCUCCCUCCCUGGGAACAUCCCUCCUCCCAACCUUAUUGUACAGGUGCCACCCCUAGGAGGCCUCAAUGAGCUGAGCGAGACCCCCCUGAAGAAGGAGGUGAAUGUGGACCAGCAGAGACAGCAGGGGCAGCAACGCAGCGGCGCUCCAAUCUACCUGUGCACCGAGAGUGGCCUGGGCUGGGCUCGACUGCCAGCUUCCUCCAACACCUCCCAGGACGGAAGUGCUGGGAGUGGAGGAAGUGGAGGCGGAGGAGGAAGCGGCGGAGGUGGGGAGGGAGACUACAUGGUCUUACCUCGUAGGACGGUCAGUCUCAAACCUCCAGCGUCCUCCUCCCAAGGAGGAGGCCUGGGACUGGGGGGUGAGGACAAGCCUCUCAACAUCGCAGUGGAGGAUCCCCCCUUCCCCCCGCCUCCCUCUCCCCUGACCCUCCACCCGGCUGAGAGUGAGGCCUACCCGGCGGAUUUUGUUCCGUCCAGUGUAGGCGACAUGAACAUCACCAUGAACCUCAACCGCUCCUAUGGGACGAUCAAAACCAUGCCCCAUGGGCACGGCCACCUGAUGGCUCAGGGUGGUCUUGUGCACUCCCACGGAGGACACAUGCAUUCCCAUGGGCAUUCUCUCCAGCUGAAGCCGGGCCAGAGGCCAUCAGUCAGACAGAUUCUGACAGGAGGAACUACAGUGGAGAGAACCAGGACCCUGCCACGCAACCUGGGCAGCACCAAUGCCAACACCAGCCUCUCAGCAGGAUCUCUGGAGAGGAAAAGAGUACGGUACUCUGAGCUGGAUUUCGAGAAAGUGAUGCACACUCGCAAAAGACAUUCUGAGCUGUACCAUGAGCUCAACCACUCGUCCAAGUUCCACACCAUAGACAGGUAUAGCAGGGACCCAGCCAUGUCCACAUUCAAGGUGCCCCCUCCCCCACCACCGAGGCACAACACAGAGCCGUCGCUAGUGCGCAGAACAUCCCUUGUUUACAAAGAAAGUCAACGUAAGACAUACUAAACCCAGCAUAAAUCUCGUGCAGUAGAGCCCCCAUUAACUCACGCUAAAGUAGGCUUGAACCGAUACGCUACAUGUAACAGUAGAUGUAUCAUAGUUUGCCACUGUUUGUUCUGUAGGUGUGUUUUCAUGCAGAACCAAUGUGCUCAAUCAUAGUUUAGCAGCUGUAACUUGGUCUGUCAAGCUUUGGAUCUGUCCACAUGUUUGAGAUGUGAUGUGUGUCUGUCUAUAUGCAGUUGUAGGAAGAGUCGUGUGCUGUAGGUAAAGUAGGGAUGGUGCCUUUUCUUCUUUCUUUUAAAGCUAAAACUAAACAAACAAAAGUGUAAGGAUUGGGAUAUAUUGUGUGUUUAUCUAUUACAGUAUAAGUGGAAACUGUUAACAUCUCUAGCAUUGCUUGAAGCUAAAAAGCAUAUCAUGAGUUUUUGGGGUAAAAUUUGCAUUUAAAAAAGAUGAUGCCAUCAGAGUUGAGAGUGAUAAAAGCAGUUCUGUUCAUUUGGAUUAAAGAAAGGUUACAUUCCUCCAUCUACAACCAAUGUUACCCAAGAUAGAGUAAAGUUUAUACAUCUCUUAACCCUCAUCAUAAAACAGUUUUUUCAGUUGGUGUAAAUACAAAAACUCGAAUCCUAACACUAGACAAUAUGGUGCACCCAAACAAGAUUUCUAGUGUAAUGUGAGAAUAUUACAGAUAUUUUUACCAUAGUUAGAAUACCAGGAACUACACUACAUGGAAGCUACAUGAAAGAUACUGGCUUUUCCCUGGGACAUGCAGCUUUAGCUUAAUUUUGUGAGGAUGAUAUCACGUGUACUCUUGAAGUGCACAUUUAACACCCUAAUGCAAGGAUUUAAAGAAGGACCGGUUUAUAGUCAGUCAAAGACAGCAGUUUAAUACAGCUUAUGGAACUAGCAAUGACUGUGCUUACAUGGAUUUGAGUAUUGUAGUUAUGACUGGGUUUCCCAGUUUUACGCUUGUGCAUGUAAACCUUAUAUCCCGAUUUCAAAAACCUGGGUAAUAGAAUAGCUGUGAGGAUGUUUUCAGUGUUUGAGUGUGGUUUUUAAAUUUUGUCUUCCAGCCAUAACAAAAGACAAAUUUCUGUUUUUACUUGGAACAGACAAUAAAGUUAUCUAUUCCAUUCUAUUCAUCCACUGCUACCUGGCCCUACAUGGUGACAGUAAGAGCCUGACACUGGUCAAAGUGGAGGACUUGUUCAAUACUUUCUGUCAGUGUCAUCUCCCAUUGCUGGAAAUAAGGUGGAUAAGCCAAAUCUGCAGCACUAUGUUGGCAUUUAAUCUUGCACAGCCAGCUAUUAGCCAAAGUGACCUCAUUUUCUAUAGCCACUGUCAUGUUAAUUUAAGGUUAGACUUAGAGUUAGCAGAAUGUCAGAUUAAAUUGCCUUUUUGUUUUGUAAUCAUCACAGACACUUGCACAAACAGUACGCCGUAAUUGGGACACUAGUGUUUUUCAUGCAUACAUAGAGUUGAAUAACCAAAUAUUGCUGCACUUAAAACCAGGAUAUGCCUCAUAAAUGGGAUACUGCUAUGCAUGUAAGCACAAUAAUUAAUAUUAGUUUUAUUUGUGAGCUAGUUUUAGCUUAAAAAUGUGAAAACCUCAGCGGUCUUUUCAGCCGGUAAGAUCAACAAUUGCUAGGUACAAGUGAAAAUCCAGCGAAUUGUAUCCCUGUUUAAAACAAAGUCCGAAAUAAAGUUCAUAAUAAAGUUAAAUCUGCCACUUUUUGCAUUGUGUGUGUGUGUGCAAUGUGAGAACGCAAAGCUUGACAGGCCCAGUAACUAAGAGUGAUGGAUCUCGUCAGUGUAUAUUCUAAUAUGUGUAAUUACAAAAAGACAAAUGGUGUCAAACUAUAAAUUUACUUCAUGUAGCUGCUCGCCUGCUACCUGUCAGUGCUGCUUCAUCGUGAAGUGACUGUAUUUUGAUGAACCUUGAUAGUAUAUGGUCCCCUAGUGGUGUGUUUGUGUAACAGUUUGGUGCAUCAUAGCACAAGCUCCUUCAGCAUUCAGGUAAUGAAUGCUAAUUCCCCUUCCUUUGUCAGGCUCCUAUGCAAAUCCAUAUAGAAAUACACAACCUGGAAGCAUUAUACCAGGAGAGCUGGAUUUGUAUGUUGGUCUGAUUUAGGACUGGAUUUUUCUUCCACGAGGAACAAAACAUGGUGGGGAUUUUUGUUUGUUUGUUUGUAUUGUUGUUGUUUUUGUUUGUGUUGUGACAACCCAUACAGUCGCCAAGUCCAUUUCAGUGCCUGAAAUAUGAUCUACACACCACCGCCAAGUGGUAAAUCAGUUCAUAAAGACAAUGAGCCAUCCAAACCGGUUUAUAAUCACUUCAUAAACCAUAAUAUUCUGUCCAUAAACCAGCUCAUUGGCACUAAAAAGGGCCAAACACUAUGCACUUUUGAAUGUGUGCUGAGGAGAGACUCAGAAAUAUCACAAAGACAGAAAAUGGUCAGGAGAGACCUGAUCCAUUUUACUCUGGAAAGGUAGGAUUUCUGUGUUGGCUGUUUUGAGGAGAUGAGUGGAUAUCAGAAAAUGUCUCACACACAGAGAUAUGGACACUUUUUUUUUUUUUAACUCUCACAUCUUGUCCAAUUUUCUGUGUAAGUGUGGUGGGCUUAAAGUGGUCUUGGGCAUUACAUGUGUCAUCACAGGUAGAAUCCACAUACUUCAAACUGUUGAAUUUUGCUUUUCCUUUUCUUUCUUCCUUGCUUCAUCCCACCCACUCAUAUUCUCACUAGCUCUAUGUCACCGGGUAACUGGUAAACCCUAUAUUUCACAUGCAUAGCUAGAGGUUGUCGUGUUGUGCUUAAUAGACAGAAACGAAGAGGAAAGACGUGACCCGAAAGAGGGGGAGUCCCCAUUAACCUCAAUGCUGAAAAUCACCUUGUCUGUCUGUUCUAUCAGGCGCUGAAGAUAGCAGAGCUAUUCUUGCUGUCUGAAAAUAAAUUUAAAUGCCGCUCUGUGUUAUUUAUUCUGUUAAUAUUUCUGAAAAAACAUAUGCAUGACCUUUAAAACCUAUCAGCAAAAUGUCAAACUGGUAAACUACGGCUAACAAAGGUCAGUUGGAGGCAUGAUCAUAUUUAUCUCCUGCCUCUUUUAGACAUCCAUAUCCAUUUUCAGUGCAGAAAGCAACUAGUUUGCAUUCUGAAAACUAAAGAGUUACACAGGUUUCUGUAUGUUAAUGUUAGGUUCUUUGCUCUUACUUUGCUUUGUUGACCCUGAAACAACAGUUGCCGAGCAGGAAUCAAGUGGGCUUUUUGAUACAUACACAUUCAUCUGCCCCCAUAUAAGACAAAUAUUUGCAGGGUUAACACUUCCACUACACUCCGUUGGAGUGGAUAGAAAGUGUUCUUCACAUUAAUGCUAAUGCUGAAAAACAAAUUCCAAUGCUACUCUGCUUUAAGUAUAGUGAAUGCUCUGGCAGGGGCCAUAUGGCCAGCAGAUGGAUGAGUCCACGCUCGUUGUGUAUUCCACAAUUGGGGCAGGAUACAAAUGGAGUCAUUGAGGUUACCAAAAGACAGAGCGGAUGCAAUGUGUACUGAGCACAGUAAGUAUUAGCAUUAGUGUCGACACUAAUGUUGAGAUUUAGCGCAGCUCCUUGGCCUCUGUCACUGUUGAGUUAGCCUGUCGUUUUCUAUCCUUUCCACAGGGUUCAGGAGGUCACAACACAGAUUUGCAUGCAGUGCCCAAUGAUGCAGCGUUGUGCCUCGCUGUGUGUGGGAUGAAUGGUGGGUGUGUGUGAGAGGGAGAGAGAGAGGGAGAGGGAGAGAGAGGUUGCACUGCAUAAUGGCUUGGCUGAUGUAUUUUUUAGCUCUCAAAUGGGAUAUAUUUCCAUCUUGUCGUCUGCUGUGUUCUUGAUUAAAUGAAGCGUGGAUUGGUUUGCCUCUCCGGAUAGACAGCGAAGAGCUGUGUGGAACACGGUGGGAAGGAGAGAAAGACAAAGGCAACAAGUCUACUUUGUUGUGGAUUCACUGAUGCCGGAUCAGAGCAGGAGCGGCGAGCAAAUUUUCCAUGAUGAAAGAUGCGCUCGGGAUUCUACCUUAAUGGCUUGGUGUGAAUUACAUGAUGAAAUCCUUGCCUGUUAGGCUACAUAUGGAAAUGUAUUUUGAUACAGACUGAGGGGAUUCUUAAUUUGUAAAGCCCAUGAAAAGGAGAUAGGGUGCUGUCUGAAGGCUCGUGUCUGUUAUUGAUAUUCCAACAAUGUUUUGAGGCCACUGUGGGGAAAUUUAGCGAAGGUAAUGUGUAUGCUUUGAGGAUGUCUCCUGUAAAAUGAAGAUGUAUAAUUUUAAAUGACAAAGAGCCGGUUCCUGUUGAUUCAGGGAGGGCAAUUUGCCUGCGUUUUCUAAACCCGUCGGUCUUGAUAGUCAAUUUGCUGGCAUUAAGCUAAGGGGUUUCAAUUUCACAUUCCAGCAAUAAAGCAAGUCCUCCCCUCUUCUUCCUCUCCAUAUCUCAUUCUCCCCUCUAUUCGUCCUCACAGUAUGACAUUUUCUCUCUUGUUGUCUCCCCUUAUUUUCCAAUUUCUCCCUCUAAACUCGGCCCGCGGUGGCACGUUUGAGGCAUUAAUUGAAUAAUUAAUUCCUCUCAUUAGCUUGUUUUUAAUUAUUUCCUUGCCCCCUUCUCCAUGCCGAGUAUAAACUCAUCAGCUGUUUUCAUCCCUCCACACAAAUUGCCCAUGAAAACUGAGGGUUGGUGGAGUGUAGCUUUAGCACACUGGCUCUAUCAAUGGCUCCUAAUGAGGGGACGGACAGUCCAGGCGGAACAAGCCUAACACUGGCUUCGUGCACCAACAGGCACAAUACUAAUUUAGCUCAUUUAGUGUCCUUGGGCCAAUUAAAGGGAGGUGAAAAGGUCCGAAUCGCUAGCUGGAACUGUUUUUUUCUGUGGGAGCUCCGGCCUUGGAUUGCACAGGCCCAGACAACCGCAAAGCGAGCCUGUGUGUCUGAUUGCUCGUUUGUUUGCAGUGUGUUGCACUAAUGGAAUUUAUUUACCCUACAUUCACCAAAUUUGGCUCCUUUGAAGGGCCUUAUUAUUUGUGACACAGAUUCCUUCCCUGCUAAGGGGGUAAGUGGUGCUAAAGACGGCUAUGCGCGGUCUAUUUUUGAGCCCCUUAAUAAGUUAUGCCAGUGCUGAAUAGGCAAUCUUAGUUCUAUCAUUGCCUUGAUGAUAUAAUGAAAGAGAUACACAGAAGCCUUGAAAUAGGUCAGCUCUGGCUCAGUGAUCCAAAGCCCACUGACAGCAAUAAAAUGACCAUCAUGUUCUGGCAUCCACUCAAUCUCCUCCUCUUUCAUUUUGUUCAUGUAUAAAUGUAAUUUGAGUUUGUUUCAUGCCCACCUCACACUCAGUGUAUGUCUUUUCUUUGCCUUACUGCUACAUUUUAUUGAUUUCUUUUUUUGUUGUUGUUGUUGUUUGUUUCUUGUUUUACGUCCUUUGUUUGCUGACUGGGCCUGGUGUUGCAUGCUUGUUGCCAUG